CAAAAACUAGCUUCAUUAUUGUAUUGGUUAUUCUGUGUGUAUGUGUUUUUCUUCUUAUGAUUUGAGAGCCAUUCUUUGAACUGUGAUUGAUCUAUUGUUGACUGAUUAGGGUUUCUUUGGCUUAUUGUUUAUUUGAUAUAAUUUAUUAAUCAACUGAUUGGUCGUCGAUCUUGAUUUUUUUUUUAAAAAAAAAAAAAUUCUCCCCAUUUUCUAAACCCUGCUUUUGGGAGUAUUUUUGGAAAAGAUAAUUAAUUAAUGUGAUGCAGUUCUUGAGAGUAUUCUAAUUUUCAUCCGAUUGGGCAUUCAAAUGAAUUCUUACAAAUUUUAAUUACUGUGAUAGUCUAUUUAUCGAAAUCCUUGUCUAGUUGAUCAAUAUUUGUAUCCAUUCUCCGGUCAGUUCAUCACUGGGAUUGAGCAUUAAGUAUGAUUAUGAAGAAUUAAUUAUGCUGUUCAUAUAUUUUUUUUCCCUGAUUAAUAUCUCUUCAGAAGUUCUCAUUUUGAAUUUUAGAGGGUUGGAUAUGGCUUUAAAGCGAAUUAACAAGGAAUUGAGAGACAUGCAGAAGGAACCUCCAGUAUCCUGCAGUGCAGGUCCUGUUGGAGAUGACAUGUUUCAUUGGCAAGCAACUAUUAUGGGUCCAGCAGAUAGCCCAUUUGCUGGAGGUGUUUUCUCUGUCUCCAUACACUUCCCUCCUGAUUAUCCAUUCAAGCCUCCCAAGGUUUCAUUCAAGACAAGAGUAUAUCACCCAAACAUCAAUAAUAAAGGUAGUAUCUGCCUUGACAUUCUCAAGGAACAAUGGAGUCCUGCGCUUACAGUUUCAAAGGUGUUAUUGUCUAUAUGCUCACUGCUGACGGAUCCAAAUCCUGAUGAUCCUUUGGUGCCUGAUAUUGCUAAUGUUUAUAAGACUGAUAAAGCCAAGUAUGAGAGUACAGCUCGAUCCUGGACACAGAAAUAUGCUAUGGGCUAGUAUCAUUUUACUGUCUUACAGUGAUGAGGAGUAUGAAGGUUUUUUUUUGGGGUUGGGGGGGGGGGAGGAGGGAUCAUAUAGUUUUUGCUUUUGCUAGCUUGUGCAUCUAGAUGGUUGAAGAAUCAACCGAGACAUUUAACUGUUUGAUUGGAUGAUGCCUUUAAGAGCAAAGAUUAAUAUGUGAGAUUGAUGAAAUUUUUUGGAA